AGUCGCUAGGCCAACUGGCGGUUGGGUCCCCGGGGGCCACCGUGGGGAGGGGCACAAAGAUGGCGGACAUGGUCGUUGGCAGAGACAAGUGCGGAGAACAGCGGCUCGUGUCGCUGCCCCUGUCCCGCAUCCGGGUCAUCAUGAAGAGCUCCCCCGAAGUUUCCAGCAUCAACCAGGAGGCGCUGGUGCUCACGGCCAAGGCCACGGAACUCUUUGUUCAGUAUCUAGCCACCUAUUCCUACAGAAAUGGCAGUGGAAAAGAAAAGAAAGCCCUCACUUACAGUGAUUUAUCAAAUACUGCAGAGGAAUCGGAGACUUUUCAGUUUCUUGCAGAUAUAUUACCAAAGAAGAUUUUAGCUAGUAAAUACCUGAAAAUGCUUAAAGAGAAGAGGGAAGACAAGGAGGAGAGUGGCAACGAAAGUGAUGAUGACGAAGUGGAAUCCUAAGUCAAAAAAGAAGUGCUGUUAGACACACAGCGGACUCAGACCGCCCUGGAGAAGCCCCAUUGCUGGGAUGGAAGCGCAGCUCUGUGACUCCGGGCUUUUUCCUCCACAGAGACUUUCCCCUUCUUUCCUGGCUGAAGUAGCUCAUCUCAUGCCCCUGCACCACCCAGAUCACAAAAGGAAAGCCCCCUACCUAACAAUCCCCUCUCUGCCAGGCCCAAGCAGCAGUCCACAUGUAUCAGGAAAGAGCUGCCUAUGCUAGCAGCCACUGCUGGGUCACCUGCAACAGACAUAGGCUGUUAGUUCUGGCUGGGUUUUUUUUUUUAAUUAUCAGUUGUAUAGAUUUAUAUAUGUAUAUUUUGAAAUGAACUCUUGUAAACAAUUAAGUCCAGUUUUAGCAAGAUAGUGUAUGGGCAGAAUGUUACAUUUGAAUUGUUGUAUUUUAGUAAAGUUUGUUUUGUUUGUCCAAAUGCUUCAUCUUAUUUAAAGAAGUGUCUUUCUUUUAUUGAAGAGCUGUACUUUUUUUUUUUUUUUUGAGCUGUACAUAUUUUUACGGUAAGAUUCUUUACUAGUUUUGAAGCCCUCAGUUCUUCUAACACCUGGCAUAUGACCAGAAGCUUUUGUGAAAUUGAGAAAGUAAGCGUCUCUAGCGUGUUCUGUUGCUAGAGAACAUUUUCAGGUCAGUUAAUUACAGAAGAAAAUGUUAUUUUGCAUAAGUAUAUUUUUCUUAAAAAGAAAAACAUUUUGUAUAUUGACAAUAUCUUACAGUUUCUUAACAUCCUUAGUAAUCACUUUUUAGUAUCCAGAAGAAAAAAACCAUAUACCUUAUUUCACAUAGGGUAAAGUUUGCUUUUUAUGUUUUGUCUCUUAAAAAAAAAAACCCUUAUAAUUUGUAUCCAGUAAAGUUGUCCUUGAAUGUUCAAGCUGUUGACUGUGUAACUGAUCAAUAAACUAGUUCUGCCACCACAAUAUUUAUCCCUACUUGUCCCCAUACUCUAUUCCUCAGCCAGCCACAGGUUUUCUGUCCUACUUGUUGGUUUAUUUUAAAAUAAAAUGUUAAAAAAUUCA